UGGUCUGCGUAAGAUGAAUAAUUCUGAAAGCUCAAAUUUUGACAAGAUGUCCUUCAUUCCCGUCAGCCCUGAAAGUCAUUUUCCCAUUCAAAAUCUUCCUUAUGGUGUAUUUUCCACGGCUGAUAAUCCCCAACAACGUAUAGGUGUUGCCAUUGGAGACCAGAUUCUGGAUCUUGGUGUUGUCAAGUCACUGUUUGAGGGUCCAGUUCUGAGGAACCAGCAGAAUGUCUUUGCUGAGUCAGCGUUGAAUGCCUUUAUGGGGUUGGGGCGUGCAGCAUGGAGCGAGGCUAGACAGACCAUACAGAACUUGUUAUCAGCUGACACACCGACACUGCGGGAUAACGCUUCACUCAGGGAAAGAGCCAUUGUACCACAGUCCUCUGCCACAAUGCAUGUGCCGGCCAGGAUUGGGGAUUAUACAGACUUCUACUCAUCCAAAAACCAUGCAUUCAACGUCGGUGUGAUGUUUCGGGGAAAAGAUAAUGCUUUGAUGCCGAACUGGACACAUAUCCCAGUUGGUUAUCAUGGUCGAGCCUCGUCUGUGGUGGUUUCUGGGACACCAAUUAGACGCCCCAACGGUCAGACACGACCAGACGAAACACAGCCACCAGUGUUUACCGCUUGUAAACUGUUUGAUUUUGAGCUUGAGAUGGCCUUCUUAACGGGGCCAGCCACGAAGCUAGGGGAACCAAUCCCUAUGGAUAAAGUGGAGGACCAUAUAUUUGGCAUGGUGCUCAUGAAUGAUUGGUCAGCCCGGGAUAUUCAGAAAUGGGAGUAUGUUCCACUUGGCCCAUUUCUUGGCAAGAACUUCGGAACCACAGUUUCACCAUGGGUUGUUACCAUGGAUGCCUUGAAGCCGUUUGUCACGAAAAACAUGCCCCAGGAUCCCAAACCACUGCCCUACCUUACACAUGAGGACGAUUAUAACUUUGAUAUCUCAUUAGAGGUGGCUAUUAUGUGUGAUGGCCUGUCUUCUCCUGCCACGAUUUGUCGUAGCAAUUUCUCCAACAUGUACUGGACCAUGAAACAGCAGCUGGCUCACCAUACAGUGACUGGAUGUAAUAUCAACCCUGGGGACCUCAUGGGCUCUGGUACCAUAUCAGGAGAGAUGGAAGACUCAUUUGGCAGCAUGUUGGAGCUGUGUUGGAAGGGAACCAAGACUAUUGAGCUGGAAAACGGGGUCACCAGGAAGUUCCUGAAAGAUGGAGAUGAAGUCAUAAUGACAGGUUUUUGCAAUGGGAACGGGUACAAGGUUGGGUUUGGUACGUGUGUCGGAAAAGUUCUCCCCGCUCUGCCUAUGUGAAAAGUGCUUCGACAUAUAGAUGAUCGUGUUUCAAGAAUCAAAAUUAGACAAAUUUAUUGCAAAAAAUCAUUCUGUGCAUCCUGAACAAAAUAAAUAUCAUUUCCCACAUGUUCACUAAAAGUUUGAAGUUCAUUUUACUGCUAAUGAGAGUCAUUUAAUCAUUUUGCAUUUGUUAGUUAGUUAUUAAUACCGGUAGUUACUAUAAAAAUUAGGAACUUUUUUUUGGUAACUUGGACAUUAUGUUGACAUUAGUGAGAAAGAUUUACUAAUUAUGAUGAUUAUUCUCAUGUAUUUGUUGGGCGGUUUUCAUAAUGCAUCUUAGUGAAGAUAUUCAACUUAAUGAAAAUUUCAUAAUUUUUGACAUCAAUUAUUUGAAUUACAGUCAUGUACACUUUACUUUUCAUCAAAUGUUUUAUAUGCAUGCGUCAUAUUGUUCAGACCUUUUUUCUUACUUAUUUUCAUAUUUUUGGUGUACAAGCGUUGUUAGUUAUCUUUGAAUAUAACUUUAAAAAAAGGCAAUUUACCAUAAACUUGAAAAUUGUCACUAAAAUUCUUUAUAAAUACACCCUCAGAUUGAGAAAACAGCUUGGUUUAACCAGUAUUUAUUUCAGACACUUAUACAUAAAUCAUGACCAUUGAAACUGAAAACUGUUUGCACCAUUUGAGGGUAUUUGUUUUAUAACAUAAUCAAUGGCGGUAAUGUUAUCAUUUUAGUUCAAGACAGCUGUUGUCUCUCACUGUAGAAGUGUUCUUAUUGUUGUUGUUUUUCAAUAUGGUGUUAACUUUUUAUACAAAAUGAUUAAGAUUUUAAUAGUUGUGUUAUAACAAAGAUGGUUAUUAAUUAAAUUUUAAUCAUGAAACAUGUUUAAGUAGAAUAUUGUUAAUUGUGAAAUAUUUACUAAAUUGGAAGUGUUUCUUUUGUUAAUUGAAGUUAUCUGUCUAAUUAUCACGAAAAUCUGCUUAACAAAAUAAGCUACUUAAGUAUGAUAGGCUUAAGUAGUUCGAAGAAAUCAGGGUCAGGCUUAAUUAUUUUAGCAGUUUUACAUAGAUAUAUUGUAAGGAGUUUGCAGUAUUGAAAUUAUAAACUAACUAGUCAUACAAACAAACUUAUUAAGUAAUUAAACAUUUAUUUAAGAUAUUUUAUCAAUAUUUAUUUUGUAUUUUUGAGCUUAUAGUACUUAUUAUAAUGGAUAUAGUCAUUCAUACAUAUAUGAAUGUGUAAAUGACUUUGGUGUACUAUUCAAAUUUAAUUACACAUGAAUUAUAAUUUCGUUUUUAGUGCAUUUCUUUUCUAAAAAAUGGAUAAAUCAUGGAUAAAAUAUAUGGAAAAAAUAACUAAACUGACUACAAUACCCAUUUUCAUCUUUAGCUUAAAUGUUUUUAGAAGAAUAAAUGUCAAGGUAUUAUCAUAGCCUUUGUGUUGGUGGUGUCGAAAGCAUAGUGCAAAAACUUGAACCUUGGCUUCAACUAAAAAAAUAUAUAAAGAUAUUCAAAUAAAACUUGAUACACGUUUUGCCAGAGACGUGAUGCACAUAUUUUAAGUUUGCGUAUGGAAGGGGUUAGCAUCACAUUCUUACAAAUCAUGAAUAAGGUGUGAAUAACUUGUGCCUUGCUUUAUGUUAAGGUUAUAUGAUUUUGCUAUAAUAUAUUAACCAGGGGCGCUAUUCAAUAUAGUUCUUAUCCUUAUGCUUAGACAUGCUUCAGUGAUUCUAUUCAGUUUAUUGGUCAAUUAAUUUUACAGUCCAAUCAAGAUUGAUCUAAUUUGGUUAUUGAAUACGGCGCCUGAUGUACUAUAGUAUUUCUGCAUUUUUGUGGCAGUGACACUGCUGCCUUACUUACAUAUUAUCUGUAUUUUAUAAAAAAGAUAUAAUAAAAGUGGUCAUCUAAUACACAAUUUAUUUAAAAAAUAAAAUGGUAUUCAUCAUUUUUUGUUAUUCAGUUAAAAAUUUUUUUAUGUUUAACAACGAUUGUGAUAAACACUAAUUUGAUUAUUUACAGUGCUGAGUACAUAAAAGGUCACUGUUGAAGCUUAGCAUGCACAUUUUCAACGCUUAUGCAAUUAUGGUGUCACACCAAACCUUACUACAAGAGUUAUAUUCAAGCAUCAGAAAUAUAUAAUGUCUCUAUUUUUUAUAACACAAGUAUGUUUAAAAGUAGAUGCAUUUUCUGUUAUUACCACUGUGAUAUCAGGGUGACCUAACCUUUAUGCCAAAUUUCAUGAAGUUUGAUAACAAUGUGUCUUGGAUUCAUAGAUGUAAUGUUUGUGUAGUGAUUGUUUGUAUGUACAUUGUAAUAACCACUCUAGUGCCUUAUUCAAGGUUAGUGAUAUUAAAUUACAUUUGCUCAAUCAUAAGUUUAAACUUAAGUGCUUUUUAGCUUGAUUGUAUUUUGAGAAAAAAAACAGUCAAGUUAUUGUCAUAGCCUUGGUUUCCUAUGCUUUCGUGUUGGUGUCUUCAUCAAAGUGCAAAAGCUUAAACAUUGGCUGUAACUCAAACACUAUUCAAAACAUUCAAAUGAAACUUGGUACACAUUUUGCUACAGCCAUUACGUAAAUGCCUAACAAGGUCCAUAACUCUGACUUCAAUAAUUGUUGAGUUAUGCCUUUUUUCUACUGAAAUACAAUCAGACAAGCAUUGGCAUUUGCAUGGCAGCACUCUUUUUUAUAAAAAAAAAAUUUGUUUAAUGUUUAUAAUAAAUUGUCAAAUUUUAAUAUAUUUUUUUAUACAAGUUUGGUUUAAUAUCAAAAUGUUUUCCUAGACAAUAUGCUCAAAAAGUAAUGAAAAUUUGACUUAAAAAACAAUACUCUGAUAACGUCUCUCAACUUUUUUACUUGUUUUCAAACAUUCCAUAUUUUGAGAAUCUCAUAUAUGUAUUUUAUAUUUUGCAUGUUAGUGUAUAACAGUAAAUAAAAUUUAAAAAGCGGAACAAAA